AUGAUGAUGGUGUUACUUAUGAUUUUUAUACUUACAUAUUCUACUCAAAUCUUAGGAAGUAGUAAAGAAAUUAUAGUUGAAAAUCCAUUUUAUCUUCGUGCUCGUAUACAUGAUGCUCACUCGGCUACUGUACAAUUUGAAAUAGCUCGCGAAGCUUAUCAACGAUCAUGUCAAGCUUAUAAAUUUGCAAUUUGUCGUAAUCGUGAAAAACCGUAUUUUAUGGAAGAACAAAAUUUAACGUUUUGGAGAAAUUCACUUGAAUUAAAACAUUUAGAUGAAGGACAAUAUAGAAUAUGUGCUAUAAUUUGUUCAGAACAUUUAGGUUCAGAAUCAUAUCAUUAUGAAAAAUGUGAACAUAAGAAUAAUACAGCAGCAAUAACUGCUUGUGUUAAUUUUAAUGCAUAUCGUACUCAUUUUCUUAUUCUUACAUUGUAUAUCGUUGUCUUCAUAUUUCUUGGCUGUUCACAGAUUAUUUUUACAUUCCGUAAACGAAAAUUUAAAGCUGGACUUGCAAUGGCAUUAAUGGAAGUUGACAAUAUUGUACAAAAAAUGCGUACUAAUCAAACAUCGUCAACAUCACCUGAUGACAUACAUACAUAUAGUAUUCUUCAAACUCUUGUUACUCUUCCAGCAGCACCUAUUGAACAUAUCAAAUUAGAACCGUUACAAUUCGAGGAUGAAGAACAAAAUCCUUCGAGAGUGGAGUUUGGAAUUCUACAUGAACGUCACAAUUCAUUUUAA